AUCAUAAACGUCAACAAAGCCGCGCGCAAAGUAAACAAUCAUUCCCGAUAAGAACGGCGGCGGAUUUUCACGUUUUUCCGCAGUGCUGUGCAUUUCUAGCGACAACCAGCAACUAAAGAAUGACGCUCGAAGCAAUCAAGUAUAAAGCCGGCCAGCUGCAAAUACUGGACCAGCUUCUACUGCCCGGUGAAUCAAAGUACAUUCCUGUUGCCGGUGUAAAGGAUGGCUGGAGUGCGAUUCACAAGAUGCAGGUGAGAGGGGCACCAGCCAUUGCCAUCGUUGGAUGUUUAUCGCUGGUGGUGGAGAUUUACGAUAAACAGUACGACACGAAGGUUGCGCUCGAGAAGGAACUAGGCGAACAUCUGCAGUAUCUCGUCACGUCACGACCGACGGCAGUGAAUCUGAAGCUGGCCGCCGAUGAGGUGAAGGAUCUGGCCACGAGUUUGUUAAACAACGAGACGGUUAACGUUGACGGGAUGAAGCAAGAGGUUAUCAAAUCUAUUGAGCAAAUGCUGGAGAAGGAUAUUAGAGAUAACCGUGCCAUCGGUGACAAUGGUGCCAAUGCACUACUGAAAGGAAUAGAUAGACCGUUGAGGUUGCUUACCCAUUGCAACACGGGAUCGCUCGCUACGGCAGGUUAUGGAACCGCACUUGGAGUGAUCCGGAGCGUAAAUGAAAGGAAUCUCUUAGAUCACGUAUACUGCACGGAAACCCGUCCGUACAACCAGGGCGCCCGUCUUACCGCCUACGAGCUCGUGCACGAUAAACUUCCGGCCACUCUCGUGACGGACAGCAUGGUAGCCGCCCUGCUGAACAGCCGUAAAAUCGAUGCCAUCAUCGUCGGUGCGGAUCGUGUCGCUGCGAACGGUGAUACGGCUAACAAAAUUGGCACGUACCAGAUGGCUGUGGUGGCGAAACAUCACGGCGUACCGUUUUACGUAGCCGCUCCGUUCACCUCGAUCGAUGUCGCCAUCGCGAACGGUUCGUACAUCAAAAUUGAGGAACGACCCGAGCACGAGCUAACGCACAUCGCCGGGCAAAGGAUUGCAGCGCCCGGGAUUGGGUGCUGGAAUCCGGCAUUUGACGUUACGCCGGCCGAACUGAUAACGGGCAUUAUCACCGAGCGGGGUGUACUGAAACCGAGCGAACUGGCCGAAAAGGUCAGACAGAAAUGAAUGAAGUGAUCGCGUUGCGGUUGAGUAACGUUGUUUACACCAGACGA